AUGGACAACAAAAUAUACGUGGCUGAGAGAAACAUCCGAUGGCAAAGUUUUGUUGAUGAAUAUGAUCCUACCAUAGAGGAUUCUUAUCGUAAACAAGUUGUUAUUGAUGGAGAGACUUGCUUGCUUGAUAUUCUUGAUACUGCAGGUCAAGAAGAAUACAGUGCAAUGAGAGAUCAGUAUAUGAGAACUGGUGAAGGCUUUCUCUGUGUGUUUGCUGUUAAUAAUGCAAAGUCAUUUGAAGAUAUUGGCUCUUAUAGAGAACAAAUAAAAAGAGUUAAAGAUGCAGAUGAUGUCCCCAUGGUUUUGGUAGGAAACAAAUGUGAUUUGCCAACGAGGGCAGUAGAUUUGAAAGAAGCUAAUACACUAGCAAAGAGUUAUGGUAUUCCUUUUAUAGAAACAUCAGCUAAAACUAGACAAGGAGUGGAUGAUGCUUUUUACACAUUGGUUCGUGAAAUUAGAAAAUAUAAAGAAAGACGAGGUAACCCUCAAAAGAAGCCUGGACGCCGGAGGUUUAAGUGCAGUAUUUUGUAAUGUAAUGAGUUGAAUGUGUUGUCAACUGUGCUUCCCUCAGUGUCGAACACUGAUCUUAUUACCGCACUGUAUAUCUUGCAAUAUUUUUAUUUUUCUCCUUUGUCUGUGCUUUUCUUGUUGAAGUAUAACAGCAGGUUUGUAAAAUAUUUUGCUUUUUUUUAUCAUUCAAGACAGUAAAUCGUUUGGAGCACCACCGCAAAGUUACCAAAAUCCAAACACUCUAAAAUAAACAUCCAAAUCACUGAUAAAUUGCCACAACCUGCAUCAUCAUAAAUUGUCAUCAGAAGUUUGUUUGUUUUUUUCUUACUGCUGGGCAUAAUCUGUAGCAAUGAAAUAAUCAGCAUACAACUAAAGAAUAAGUAUGCUUGAUAGUUGAUACAAUUUACCCAUAAAAAAUUGGUUCUUUUUGAACUUCCAAAGUUUGUUGUUUUAAAAUUUGAAUCAUAAUUUUGUCAUUAGACGAUAAAAUAUUGUUCACUGCGGUAUAACCCAGUCCCAAACAUCUGCUGAUUUACCUGAUGUAUUACUGCGUUAAAAAAAACUAUGGCCAAACACUUUUAUCAGCUUAGAACAUAACAACAAUAUUUUUUCUGCAUGGACUUUGUACUGAUUUAGCAUUACACUGUACUGUAAGUGAUACAGACUGUCAGUGUACACAGUGACAUUAGAUGCAUGAACGUCAUGCUCCUUAUUAUACCCAACCUAGAGAGCUGCUCUGUAAGUGUAAUCUCAAAGACCACACAGGACUGCAUAUCAAAAUUCGUACAGCACAGUUUUCGACAUUGUAAGAUUAUGGUGCCAGAUAUAGAAAAGGAAACUAACAAUGACCAGUAGUCAUAUUGUGUGUUUCUUACCCUCUUAUCUGGUACGCUUGAUGAUUUGAUUUCCAAACUUAGCAGGCCAAGCUAGUGGCUGCAUGUGAAAACAGUUAUGUAAUUGUCUAACAGAAUGCUGUCGCCAAUAUAUUUAGCUUAUGUUUGUGUUGUCAAUUCUGGGUCUGACUUCCUACAUGUAAUCUCAGACUAGUAAUACAAUUUGUAUUACUAGUCUGAGAUGUAAUGGAGGCAGUAUAUUGUUACAUGUGAUGUUAUUAAUUCAUUACUAUUUGGUUUAUGAACUUUUAAUCUUAAACAAUGACCUUUGACCCACAGUCGGUCUUGUGUACUUUUUAACCAUAAUUAUAGAACGUUUUUAAUCAUAUACCAUGGUGAUACAUGAAUUAUACAUUGUAACCUUUUUGCCGAAAGAAUACUGAAAUUUGACCUCUUUUGUGGAAGGUCCACACUGUAUCCAGGCUGAAUAUUCAAUUCUGAAUUCUGUGAUGUCCUAGUUAUUUGUUUACAGAGAGUAAACUAGGGAGAAAAUUGUGUGAUGUCAGUUGUUUAAAAUGAGUAAACUAGGGAGUAAAUUGUAUGAUGUCACUGUUUACAGUAAAUGGACUAGGGAGUAAAUUGUGUGAUGUCAGUUGUUUAAAAUGAGUAAACUAGGGAGUAAAUUGUAUGAUGUCACUGUUAAUUACAGAGAGUAAACUAAGAAGUCAAUCACUUGAAAUUUGAAAACAAGUUGUUUGUGCUUGUUCAAUAGCAACAAAUAGGGUACAUCUAACGGCAGAUGGAAUACUAGUUAGCUAGUCACGAUGAUGCAGAUGAACAAUGAUUUUGCAACUGUAAAUGUUGCUUCAUUUGUCCAAAAUGCAUUUGUUUGAAAAAUUGUGAUGUAUAAAUUUGCAUAUAAAGGAAUUUCCUAGGAUUGAACACUGAUUUAAAAAAAAAUGCUUUUGCACAUUUUUCAUUUUUCUUCUCUGCAAUCUUGAAUAGAUUUGUGUGAAUAGCCUAAAGCAAACUACAGAUAUAUGCAGCAAACUAAGGAGACAUUACUGACAUUGAAGUACUCCCAAGAUGCACUUCACUUCAUACGUACACAAUGUCCUGCAAAUAUCAAGAGCAAAGUUGUUAGCACAUUGUUUUUUAUAAGACGAAAAAUAGAUAAAAUGCACCGUGUGAGGGCGGUAUGCAAAUUAGGAGCUCCACUCAAGCUGUGAUAGGCUAAGAGCUAGAUAAAGUUGAAUUUCCAGGGUGCUUGAAAUCCUUCAGUAUAUACUUCGAAAAAUUAUCGUGUCAAGAUAUUCACACAAGUACUGUUAUUUAAUAAAAAAAAAUAUUUUAGUUCUGAGGUUUAAUUUAAAAUCAUGUGAAUAACACAUGAUGCAUUGUGUUACUAAAUAUUUUUGUUUUGUUUUUUUAAAAACAAACUUGUCUUCUCAGCACUUUUCCAAACAUCUGCACAGUUUCUUGAGGCGAAAGUUUUUUUAAAAUUAAAAUUGACAUGUAAGUAGAUUAUGGAUGAAAUAAUUGUGCUGUAAUUGUUUUUUUAUUUCUCUCACUCUUCAUAUUGUAUGUAUGCAUGACUGAAAUAAAUAAAAACACCUUCUUUAUAAAUA